GACUGGAAGGAGCCCAUAUAAGAACGUUUAUUAUCUAGGCCUAUAGAUCUGAAUGAUGGAGCCUUAUUAAAUUUAAUCUCAAUUUUAUCAGCCUCUGUCUAAUUGUGUCAAAUAAUAGCUGCAGGGCACGAAAGGUAGAACCCAGUGAGGCCAGUAAGCAUUAUAUAAUCAACAAUCUUGACUCGCGUCUUCGCUGUCCGACGAUCGUGCAUGGCUCCGCUCCUGCAACGCCUAUAAGCUAAAACAACAACAACAAAGAUAUCUCGCUAGCUAGCUAGCGAUCGAGAGAAAUCUUGGAAGAAUUCAAUACACGUACAGUGUAUAAGGUACACGUACAGCGUACAGUGCAGUGAAUUUGAAGGAGCUCAACAGAUACUGUACAUGUAUAUAUGCGGGAUAAAAUCAUAGAAUGCUCGUGAAAAACGAAAAAACUCGUCGGGAUUGUUAAUCAUCUGUGGAUCUUCAUGCAGCUUUAGUCUGAGGGGUGAUGUUCAUAAUGGAAACCAGACGAGAUUGCGAAGGAUGUCCUUUGGUAGUAGCCAGUGCUAGACAAGUGCAUUGGUAUUGUGAUUUUUGAUUACCAGUCAAGCGUGGAGUCCACUAUUAUGGCUGUCCUUUGUUUACCGAGAAACAUGGCUUCAAUGGUGCGGACUUACAUGAUGCUAUGUAUAGCAGGCCUGGUUGUCACAAUAUGUAUCCUCAUGGUGAUGUACAACGAUACCGGCUCGGAUGUCAGGGAAAUGGUCGUCAAGGUCGAUGCUUUGUCUGAUGGUGCCCCACCGAACUCAAUGAGGGGAAUCAAGGGCACCAAUUUCCUGGACAAGGCAGGGAAGUUAGUAGACCAGCAGCCAGACAGGGUAGAGGAUUACAGUGACGAUGGCGAUGACGACGACGACGGGGAUGGAGCGGAUGAGGAGGUCGGGAGCGAGAGUUCAGACCCAGAAAAUGCCUGGCUGGAUCAGGAGAAAAAGCUGGAGAAAAAAACUGAGCAAGGAGUGCCCAUGAAGCUUGCUGGUGAGGAGGCUAAUGCCUUGCAGAAGGCCAAAGCUAAGGAGGAUUCUAGACCUAGCAGUAUUCGUAUCGUUGGUGGAGAUGAACCGGAAACUGGUGGCACCAGUGGGAUACAUGCUAAUGCUCCUGUAAUGCGCGGUGAUAUACCUGUGGUUCGGGAUGAUGCCAUCCCUGGUGGUGGUGGUGGUGGUGGUGGUGGUGGUGGUGGUGUCGGACUGAACCAUAGUGCUUCGCAUGUGGUGGAUGCUAACAGGGUGAAUGCAGACGGUAAUGGAGAUGUCGUCCAGCCCGAGGGCAAAAGCUUCAGGAUAACGGAGAAUGGAGACCUGGAACCGAUGGAUGCUAGCAAGAAAGGUGGAAGAGGAAGCACCAUGUCGGACAUGAAAAUCUCUGGCACCGCGAGCAAGUUUAAGCAGAAGUACGACGGCGGAGUGCAAGAUCUACUGCGACAUCCAGAGGAGCAUAUGAUCAGAGUAGAAACAAAGAGAGACUGUCAACCCAAGAACAACAUUGUGAUGGUCAAGACGCACAAGUGCUCCAGUUCCACCAUGCAGAACAUCAUCUUCCGCUGGGGUGAAAAUCAAAACUUGACCUUCGCCUUCCCCAGGAGUGGCGUCUACCUUGGCAGCCCGCAGCCCUUCACCCGGAAUGCCGUCAUGGAAUCCAACAAUGGUCACUACAACAUCAUUGCCAACCAUAUGGUUUUCAACCAACAAGCCACCGAAGAUCUGAUGCCUGCAGACUCGGUUUACAUUGCCCUCCUGAGAAACCCAGACACUCAGUAUGAAAGUAUGUAUAACUACUACCGCUUCGACGGCAGGUACACCGUGACCCUGGAGCACUUCCUCAAGAGACCACGCCUCUACUUUGAGAACGAGCCGCAUUUCACCAAACAAGUCGGUCGCAACCCAAUGCUGUUUGACAUCGGGAUGGACGCGCGCCGUAGGGAGAAGGAUGAUCCCGGAGUCACGAGAUACAUCCAGGAACUUGCCCAGCGGUUUGAUGUUGUUCUUAUAGCAGAAUACUUCAAGGAAUCCCUGAUUCUUCUGAAAGAAGCCCUCUGCUGGGAUAUGGAUGACAUCGUUUUCUUCAAUCAAAACGCCAGGAGCAAGGUCUCGGUGAGACCGCCCACAGAUGCAAUGAAGCAACGCAUACGAGCCUGGAACAGCGGGGACACCACCUUGUACCAGUUUUUCAAUAGAACCCUGUGGGAGAAGAUAGAGGCGUUUGGUUACGUUCGCAUGGCACGUGAGGUCGCGGAGUUGGAGAGACGGAACGCCGAGCUGACGCAGCUAUGUAUCGGUGCUACCAAGCAAGCAGGAGAUAAAAGGGUGUAUUACCCACCUGGUGUUCAUGUCAAAAGCUUUGUACUUAAUAGCAAUGCUCAUGGUAACCAUCUAUGUGAGCAAAUGACCAGACCGGAACUCACCUACAUUGGUCUCUUAAGACAAAGACAAAUUGACCUUGAUAACAGCAGACCAGGGAGGUAGUAUUCACCUACAUGCAUUCAGCCCUUUUAAACAGUUUUCAUUGCCUCUUGUACAGUGUGUAUAGAUGUAAUUUAGACUAUUUCAUCAUAUUUUCCUGUGAUUGAACAUUUCUACAGUACUGUAUAUAAGCCAUCAGCUCAAAAAGUUCUGCACAGCGCAUUGCAGGAUGUAAAAUUCUAAUAAAUUUAUUAACAUCUAUUCAUGAUUAAGCUACAGCUGCUGCUCGAUUUGUGUGUACUGAACUGUGAAUCAAAGACAAAAACAGUAGAUAUAGGUUUAAAUUCACAAAUCACCAAUACAUGUUUUGCUCGGCUCGCUCGCAUGUACACAGAACGGUAGCGUGCAUGCAGCCUUAUGGCAGGCUAUGAGUUAAUAGUGUAGUCAAAGAGCUUCAAAUAUUUCUUCUACAAAGAAUUAUUGCAGUUUAAAUACACUUCCAGUGAACUGUAAAAAAAUGUUAUGAGUAGACUACUUAAUACACUUACGAUUUUUGAGCUACUGUAAACAUUUUAAACAAGUUUACAGUUUACAGUGUUGCACAAAAUGAACGCUUUCUGUGUGGUUUGUAUUUCCCUAGCAAGAUAGUAAAAUGAACCGUUUUUAUACUGCAAAUGACUCUUAUAUACCUAGUUGAGCAUGCAUGUACAGUACUUGUGUACUGUGUACCAGUACUGUAUAUUAAAGCACAGUUGCUGCCUCUUUGACUUCAUCAGGGUACAUAUCAAGUGUUAAGAGCGAGGAGGGCUUAACUCAAAUACUUUGACACAGAAUUAAUGCCCUUCUGGCUCCAACCAGGGAGUGUUUCACAAAGACUAAGAGGCUGUUCAGACCGGCAGAGAUAGCGCGGUCUAGUGCGUGCUAUCUCUACAGUGUGGAAGGUACAAUGUCUUUUCGGGUUGACCAACAGCGAGCCAAAACGGCGUCCUACUGGAGCACCUCUUGGGGGUGGUCCACGAGAGAUAGCGCGUGCUAGAAAAAAGGGGGUGCUACGAUAGAUCUCAUUGUGGUGAGCCUCUAAGAUCGACUUUAAGUUGGUCUUAACUAUGACGGGCCUUUUAUGCCACUAGUUGCACUCACCAUUGGUCUCGCAAUUAUGAUCUAUAGAUUAAAACAAAUUCCUUCAAUAAUGAACUA